UCCCGCAGCCGCACAUUCAUCGGCUGCCAAGAGGAGCUGCCGGGCGGGCGCUCGCACGCUCUGCUCGCUCGCUCGCAGACUCGCAGGUUUGGGAGCGCGCCGCUCUCGUGAGGACCCGGCCGCCGCGCCAAACCCCGCCGCCUUCCCUCCGUGCGAGCCAUGGCCGGCCUCGGUCACCCCGCCGCCUUCGGCCGGGCCACCCACGCCGUGGUGCGGGCUCCGCCCGAGUCCCUGUGUCGCCACGCGCUGAGACGCUCCCAGGGCGAAGAGGUGGAUUUCGCUCGCGCCGAGCGCCAGCACCAGCUCUACGUGGACGUGCUGGGCAGCAAGCUGGGGCUGCAGGUGGUGCAGCUGCCCGCCGACGAGAGCCUGCCCGACUGCGUGUUCGUGGAGGACGUGGCCGUGGUGUGCGAGGAGACCGCCCUCAUCACCCGCCCCGGGGCGCCCAGCCGCAGGAAGGAGGUUGAUAUGAUGAAGGAGGCUUUGGAGAAACUUCAGCUCAACAUAGUAGAGAUGAAAGACGAGAAUGCAACCUUGGACGGUGGUGAUGUCCUGUUCACAGGCCGAGAAUUUUUUGUGGGCCUUUCCAAAAGGACAAAUCAACGAGGUGCAGAAAUCUUGGCUGAUACUUUUAAGGACUACGCCGUCUCCACAGUCCCUGUGGCCGAUACUCUGCAUCUGAAGAGUUUCUGCAGCAUGGCUGGGCCCAACCUGAUUGCAAUAGGGUCCAGUGAACCUGCGCAGAAGGCCCUCAAGAUCAUGCAGCAGAUGAGUGACCAUCGCUAUGACAAGCUCACUGUACCUGAUGACAUGGCCGCUAACUGCAUCUAUCUAAAUAUCCCUAACAAAGGGCACGUCUUACUGCACCAAACCCCAGAAGAGUACCCAGAAAGCGCAAAGGUUUAUGAGAAGCUGAAAGACUAUCUCCUGAUCCCCGUGAGCAAUUCGGAGAUGGAAAAGGUGGAUGGUCUGCUCACCUGCUGCUCCCUUUUUAUUAACAAGAAGACAGACUCCUGAGCCCAGGAGCCCCUCCCCGGUGGCCAGAAAGGUGGCCAGGCCAGGCUGAUGACUCCAUGCCCACUCCUCUUGUUUUCCUUGACAAUCUACUGUGUCACUGUGCUACUAACUCUUGUUUACAGAAAACAAAAUUAACUCCGAUUUUAACUGCCCCAUUUUCCACACCCUCCCUCACCUCACGGUGGUACCUAACCUGUGGAUUAAGCAACCCAGACAAUACAGAAUUAAUGAAUUAUUAAGAAUGUGAUUAAUAGUGUGGGAACACUCAGUUCAGUGUUUGUGUGCCUAGUGUGGAAAUAGUUUAGUUGCAGAGUAUUCUAAAGACUGCCUUCCUGAUCAUCAAGAUAAGCAAGGGACUUUUUUUCUCCUGUAUCAUGAAUCACAUUUGGUUCCUGUGAAAUUCCCUGGCCCAUGGAUUUUUCCCAUCCCCUUCUCUUCUACACUCUAAAAACCUUUCUUCAGAUUCCUGCUUUGGCCUUUCCGACUUCUGUCACAGCCUCCUUGGCCUAGGAUUUGUCCAAGGUCUUGCCUUCUGGAAACCUUCCUGAAGGUUCGCCCUGUGUGCUCUCCUUCUCCUCUGCCUCGGGGCCACAUCUCCACCAGCAACCCUCCCUUCCCUGGCAGAACUGUCGCCAAAAUCAGAGCGGCUGGUUAGGGAACAGGAACCUCACAGAGGCACAUCCUGAGGGAGUCUGCACCAGACCUGAGUACCACCCCUGGGAAGGUAAAUUCAGCCCCAGCUGGUUGACAUGGGAUGUUAGAUCAAGAAGCCUGGAAAAAAACUCAUGGGUGCAUCUUAGAAAGCCUGAGUCGCAUGCCAUGAUUUUGCCUAGUGACCAGUCCUAUAGGAGCAAGGACAAAAGUCUUUCUCUACCCCACCCCCACCCCUCUUCUCAGCUUCUUUCUGACUCACUUUGUGUCUACCCCCCCUAGAAUCAUCAUGAUCUUGAAAAGUCAUUUCCUUCAAAAGAGGCAUAGCAUCUAAAAUGAUUGUUGAUGGUCCGGUAAGAGUCGAAGGGAGCUGCCUCCACCCAUGGUCUAGGAGCGCAAUCGGGAAACGGUGCCUAUAGUCAACCACAAACAAUGUAUUAGUCUCCUUUGAAAUAUCCAUGAAUGUCUACUGUGGAAUUUGGCUGAAACCUAUUUCCUCUCUAGCCUUCAAAUUACACAACUUUCAGCUCUUAACAAAACUGAAACAGGUCUCUUACAAAGAACAAUGUCACAGCAAAGGAAGAGAGCAUUCCUUUCCUUAAAAGCUGGAAGAGUCAGGCCAGGGACAUGGUACUUUACAAGGAACAGUGACCCGACCGGGCACGUCAUCAAACUUAUGGUCACUUCCAUCUUUGCUGGGUAGCCUGCAGUUUGGCAUUCAAUAUUUAAAGCUGGGAAGACAAAGAAAGAGCACUUCAGACCUCUCCCUCUCCCUCCCUUUGUGAUCAGGGUUCCUUAUCUUCAUGAGCAGGAGAACUGCCUUUACUGCAUCCCGCACUGCAGAUGGGCAUGAGUAACCCCGUGAAAAUCACCGCAUCAUUUACUGCCUUUACUGCAUCCCGCACUGCAGAUGGGUGUGAGUAACCCGUGAAAAUCACCGCAUCAUUUACUGCUCUUCCUCUCUUACAUUCAUUUGACAUUACAACUUUCUGAAGAAAUAUGUCCCAUCUCGUCCUUGUUGCCUAACUCUACACUCAUAUCACAUGCAAAGACCUAGCUAUCUGCAUCUGUGAAUGAGCCGUGUCUUGGUCACUAUCAUAUUUCAAAACAUCCCAUCCUGGGUGAAUGAUAUGGUGGGGUUUUUUUUUUUUUCAGGGCAAAUAAAUAUGAGCCACAUGCCCAAUAAAGAAAACUUGUUCUCAGCAAUUAUGGUUGCCCUUUGGGGUUAAAUUUGGCUCUACGCUGGCAAAAAGCAGAAAUUCUCCCCGUGAGAGGUGACCAUCUCAAAGUCAACCACAGGAAAAACAAGCCAGUGUGAGCUAACCGACUUGCAAUUGUCACCAGGGUUCUGUCUGUCAUCCCGAUUACCUGAUCACAGAACUGUUGUGUUUAGUCGAUUACGAGUGAAUAGAUUUUGCACUGUGACAAUUCUUCUACCAAAGGUGAUUUUUCCAUUCCCUUUUCCUUUGCUUCCCGCUUUCCUUGUUUGUCCUGAGAAAUCAUUUGGCAUCUACGCCCCUUGGCCAUCUUACUGUGCUCCGCUACAUCACACAUCGGGCUGGCUGCUCUGGACUCCCUGUGCGUACAACGAUGUAAAAAUUCAAAAUAUUUGCAGCACAGUGGCAUUGCUUCUUUGAUGCUCUCAUCAGCAUAGCGUUAUCCUCUUGUCCAUUGUGGCUUACAAAGAUGAAAACACUAACAAAAAUGCUUUUUGACAUUAUAAAGACGUGAGGAAUUAUGUUUAAGUAAGUAUAAGUUGAGUUAGAAUUAUUGAGUCAAUAUGAUUUGGUUUAAUUGAAAAGAUGGUCUAGAAGGAACACAUUAUUUGGCAUUAUGUCUUUAACUGUGAUGGUUUCGCUAUAGGAAUCAGUUGCAGAUCUCUCUACAGUUAAUUGUGCUUCUGUGCUACUAGGAACCGAUUACUAAGGCCGUCCUCUCUCCAUCUCUGAGAAGGGAAAAUAAAAUAGUCUAGUUUCACAGUGUGGCUUCCGUAGGGUUGCAUGUUUGUCAUUGUAGUUAUUCACUCUGUAACAUGCUACAGAAUUCAGACGUGAUUUCCAUGGGGUCUUAGGUCUGUGCUUUUUUCUCUUCUUGGCUGUCAUCUUCCAGGCGAUGUGUGGUUUUCCAGUAUGUGUGCCAAAGCUAGCCAUGUCUCUCACAGUCUGCUAGUCCAGGGUUCUGCUAGUUUCCUGCUGCCCACUCCUACUGUACACCAGUCGUGACGGAAUAAAGUGUGAGUUGUGCUGUG